AGAAAACCUAUUUAGAUCUUUAAAAGGAGCACAUCAGUAACAAAGAUAGCACUCUUCACUGGUAAAAAAUAAAGAAAAAACAAGAGGACACAGCAAAGCCGAAUCUCUUGGACAAGAUGGUACUGGAAACUCUGAAUCCAAUGCACUACAUCACCAGCCUAGUACCAGAUACGAUGCCAGUGGCCACAGUGCCCCUACUCAUUCUCAUGUGCUUUCUCUUUCUAAUAUGGAAUCAUGAAGAAACUUCAUCAAUACCAGGGCCAGGAUACUGUAUGGGAAUCGGUCCCCUCAUUUCACAUUGGAGAUUUCUCUGGAUGGGAGUAGGUAAAGCCUGCAACUACUACAAUAAGACAUAUGGAGAAUUUGUGAGAGUUUGGAUCAGCGGUGAAGAAACAUUUAUAAUUAGCAAAUCCUCAAGUGUGUUCCACGUAAUGAAACAUUGGCAUUAUGUUUCUCGAUUUGGGAGCAAGCUUGGAUUACAGUGCAUUGGCAUGUAUGAAAAUGGCAUCAUAUUUAAUAACAACCCAGCACACUGGAAAGAAAUUCGACCCUUUUUCACCAAAGCUCUGUCUGGUCCUGGUCUUGUGCGUAUGAUAGCAAUUUGUGUUGAAUCAACAAUUGAUCACCUGGACAAACUAGAGGAAGUAACCACUGAAGUAGGAAACAUUAAUGUGUUGAAUCUUAUGAGACGGAUCAUGCUUGACACAUCUAACAAGCUUUUUCUUGGGAUCCCGUUGGAUGAACAUGCCAUUGUGCUUAAGAUUCAGAACUACUUUGAUGCUUGGCAAGCACUUUUAUUAAAGCCCGACAUCUUUUUCAAGAUUUCUUGGCUGUGCAAGAAAUAUGAAGAGGCAGUCAAGGAUCUGAAAGGAGCAAUGGAAAUCUUAAUAGAACAGAAACGACAAAAGCUUUCCACUGUUGAAAAGUUGGAUGAACAUAUGGAUUUUGCAUCCCAGCUGAUUUUCGCACAGAACAGAGGGGAUCUGACUGCCGAGAAUGUGAACCAGUGUGUGCUGGAGAUGAUGAUUGCUGCUCCUGAUACUCUAUCUGUGACUCUCUUCUUUAUGCUAAUACUGAUUGCAGAGCACCCCACAGUGGAAGAGGAGAUGAUGAGAGAAAUUGAAACUGUUAUGGGUGACAGAGACAUACAGAGUGAUGACAUGCCAAAUUUAAAAAUCGUGGAAAAUUUUAUUUAUGAGAGCAUGAGAUACCAGCCAGUUGUGGACUUAAUCAUGCGAAAAGCUUUACAAGAUGAUGUAAUUGAUGGCUAUCCUGUGAAAAAGGGGACAAACAUUAUUCUCAAUAUUGGACGUAUGCAUAAGCUUGAAUUCUUCCCAAAGCCGAAUGAGUUUUCUCUUGAAAAUUUUGAGAAAAAUGUUCCUUCACGUUAUUUCCAACCAUUUGGAUUCGGCCCUCGGGGCUGUGUAGGAAAGUUUAUUGCCAUGGUAAUGAUGAAAGCAAUUCUGGUGACUCUUCUGAGACGGUGCAGAGUGCAGACAAUGAAAGGAAGAGGCCUUAACAACAUUCAGAAAAACAAUGACUUAUCCAUGCACCCAAUAGAAAGGCAGCCUCUGCUGGAGAUGGUCUUCACGCCAAGAAGAAACACAAACAAGAGUCAGGGUGACUAAAUGGAUCAGCAUCAGCAUUAAAGUUACAGAGCUUUCUCAGCCACUGCCACUAAGAAAUACCCAUUAUUCCUAGGUAAAGAUACAGAGUAAAACAUUUUCUUGCCCCUAAAUCACUACAGCUUCAUAUCAUGACUUAUUCUGCCUGCACAGCAGAACCAGGUUCUGGCCACAACUUCAAUGUAAUUAAGACUGAAAUUACAAUUUUUCUGAUUAGUGAUGUCAUGCUAUAUGCAGGAUACUUGGCUACUUUUUAAAACCAUCAAGCUCAGAUGAAGUUAUGAUUGCUUUUCAAACAGUGCAAGUUCAGAGGUUUGGGGGUCAACAAAAGAACAUGUCCAAUAUGUUUAAUUCCAGAACUAUGUGUGUCCCCGUUCCCUCCAACUCCCUAAAGUUGGACCUAGCAGUAUUCGACUACUGCAAAAGAUCUAAUUAUCAGAUGUUUGAAAACAUCUAAAUUAAUAAUAUUGAAGUUGAUUUUAAGAUUAUGAAAAAAUUCAAAA